CUGUACAAGCUGAAAUGGCAACCGCACUGCCGAACUUUGAGAAAUUCCCUGUGUUCGUCGGCGGGAAUUCGCUGGAAAAAGUGGAUAGCAAAGUUUGAAAAUCUGCUCUGUGCUCUUGAUAUCACAUCAGACGCAAGGAAGAAAGCAUUGUUGCUGCAUUAUUGUGGUGAAGAUGUGUACGACAUAUAUGACACAUUCACAGACGAACAGAAAGGCGUGGGUGCGCAGAUAACUGUUGAUGGUAACGAUGUGCCAGAUGAGUAUUCAACAGUAAAGCUGUCAUUAGUGAAUUAUUUCAAUCCUAAGAAAAACUCAGCGUAUGAAGUGUUUAAAUUCCGACAGACCACGCAGCUAGAUGGUGAGUCUAUUGACACAUACCACACACGCUUGCGAACACUUGGCUCGACCUGUGAAUUUCAAGACUCGGACAAAGAAAUUCUCAUGCAGAUUUUGCAUGGCUGCACAUCACAGAGACUAAGACGAAGAGCAUUGCGCGACAAUCUCACCCUAGACAAGGUGUUGUCAGAAGCCCGUAGUUACGAGAUGUCAGACAGUCAAGCCAGUGCAAUUGAAAAAGCAUCGACAGUAAAUGCUAUCGACACCAGAUAUAGACAACGACCUGUCUCCGCUAGUUUCCGUGGAAGGAAGAGCGGAGAUGAGAGAAACAAGAAGGGCAAUUCAAAAAUGU